AUGGACAUGGCGUUCGGCCCCUUGUGUGCUGCUUACCAUUCUCCCUUCCUUGUCCUUCCCAACUUCCCUUACUCUCCACCAGAUGCUGCUGUCGCACCACUGCAGGAGCAGGCGGAGCGCGCCCUACAUCUGUUUGACAUGGACAUGGCGUUCGGCCCCUGCACUGGCCUCUCCCGCUUGGAGCGCUGGCAGCGGGCCAGCCGGUUAGGGCUCAACCCCCCGCCCCACGGAGCAGAGCUGCAUGGGUGCAAGGCAUUAGGUGGUUGCGGUGGGCUCUCCCGUGAUGGAGCGCUGGCAGCGGGCCAGCCGGAUAGGGCUCAACCCUCCGCCCCACGUGCGGGCGCUGCUGGAGUGUGCCUCGUGCCGUGA